AUGGUGGGAGCGCCUUUAAUCGCGUGGCGCACACAGGGACAGAACCGGCCCACACUGGAUAUGACAUUCUCCCCCUCUCUCCCCCCUCUCUCCCCAGUCUCCCUCUCUUCCCCUCUCUCCACAGUCUCCCCUUCUCUCCAACAGUCUCCCCCUCUCUCCCCAGUCUCCCCCUCUCUCCCCAGUCUCCCCCUCUCUUUCACAGUCUCCCCCUCUCUUUCCUCUCUCCCCAGUCUCCCCCUCUCUUUCCCAGUCUCCCCCUCUCUCCCCAGUCUCCCCCUCUCUUUCCCAGUCUCCCCCUCUCUUUCCCAGUCACCCCCCUUCUUCCCCAGUCUCCCUCUCUUCCCCUCUCUCCACAGUCUCCCCCUCUCUCCCCCAGUCUCCCCCUCUCUUUCCUCUCUCCCCAGUCUCCCCCUCUCUUUCCCAGUCUCCCCCUCUCUUUCCUCUCUCCCCAGUCUCCCCCUCUCUUUCCCAGUCUCCCCCUCUCUUUCCUCUCUCCCCAGUCUCCCCCUCUCUUUCCCAGUCUCCCCCUCUCUCCCCUCUCCCCCUCUCUCCCCAGUCUCCCCCUCUCUUUCCCAGUCUCCCCCUCUCUCCCCAGUCUCCCCCCCUCUUUCCCAGUCUCCCCCUCUCUCCCCAGUCUCCCCCUCUCUUUCCCAGUCUCCCCCUCUCUCCCCAGUCUCCCCCCCCUCUUUCCCAGUCUCCCCCUCUCUCCCCAGUCUCCCCCUCUCUUCCCCAGUCUCCCCCUCUCUCCGCAGUCACCCUCUCUUCCCCUCUCCCCCCAAUUUACCCCUCCCUUCCCCAGUCUCCCUCUCUUCCCCUCUCUCCACAGUCUCCCCUUCUCUCCAACAGUCUCCCCCUCUCUCCCCCAGUCUCCUCCUCUCUUCCCUCUCUCCCCCAGUCUCCCCCUCAGUGUCCUCCGCUCUCCCCCCGGGCCUCCUCUCCUGA